AUGGCGAAAGACGAAUCAGGGAAGGAGGCAAAACAAUUCAUAAUAACCUUGCUUACGCCCUCUUCCCACCAAUUGAGUGACGAGAAGGAAUUAGCCCUCUGCGUCCUUCACAAGAUUGGUCUUCGACACCAACCCAUCAUUGCGUGGGAACCCUAUAUAGAUAGGGCACCUUGGCUCAAGCUCUGUCUGGUCUUCCUUCCCAAUUCCCCACAGGAUUUUGGGAGUGUCGGCUUUGUUCAGACCAUAAGACUUGCAACAAGCUUGACUUAUACUUAUAAAGAAAGAAAGAAGGAGAAAGAAAAGAAGGAUUCGGGACAAGACGGAGAUGCAAGCUUGUCUGCUAUUGGAUGUUCUAGUUUAGCUCGCGGAUUGGUCUUCAUUGCGCACCAUCCGACUGGGAUCAGACCACUCUUGGUGUUCGAACUAGUCAUUAAUGGUCGGCUUCAAUUGUAUCCUUUCGCACCCUUACUAUUGAAAUGGUUCAUCAGUAGAGAUGUUCCCACUGGUGCCCCUUUUUCCAAUGGGACUAUAAUUCCUAUUCUUAUCCCUUCAUUCCCUCUUUUGGUCUAUCUACAUUCCAGGAAAUUCAUACGCUCCAUGGACGGAGCAAAAAGUGGAGUCUUGGUCAAAGCAAGUCGCCUUAUUCUAUUACCAGACAUAAUUGGGAGAAGCUCAUCUGAAACUAGAGCUAGAAACACCUCAUUUCAUUUCGUUCCCGUUCUUCAUUUCCUUCUUCUCGAAUUCAAGGGGGAAUUCUCAUAUUUAGAAUCUUUCUGCGGUGUGCUCUAUUUACUAUUAUUUUGUACUCUCUUCUCUUUACCACGCGAUAGGUCAGCAAAGCGUGAGCGGGCGUGGAGAAGGAAAUGCCAAACACUUCGACCUAAGCCUAACGGGAAUGAGCAACAACGAAAUGACAAGAUGGGGUGCUUCGGGCACCCCAAUUUAGAAAGAAGGGUCAAAGGUUUUGGGCCUGUAGCUUUCCCCGUCCCCCCUACGUCGGGUGGUGCUUGUGUGGGGGGUGUGCCACCUGAACCUGAAAUCGGGCUUGAAGCUCUCGCCUUACCAACGAGCCAACAACUGAUGGUUGUUGGUCACGACUACCACCAAAAAGCUCCAAUGAAGAUUAAUAUUUCACAUUUUGGAGUGUGCAUCUGUAUGUUGGGUGUUCUUCUGUCGUGCGACCCGGAGGCUUAUGUGCAACCUGUGGCCCACGCCUCCUGUUUGUUUGUUCAGGGCGGGCGGCGUGAACUCUGA